AUGCCGGAGAUUUCAUUGCUUGUUCUGGAGCUUGAUGCUGGCCGAGGAUUUGCACUCCAAGGAGAUAUCUCAUCUUCCCGGGCCUUAAAGCCGAGCCAAUUUCUGUCGAGCUUCUCUCCGCCACUUCUAGUGGUUCCUGGCAGGGCUCGGACACAACCUCCCGCAGUUGUUCUUCAUCCGGGAAGCAGUAGCUCGGUAAGAGCUCUGGUCUGUGGAAUUGUGGCAACCGGCAACACCGGUGCGCUUGUGUCGACGAUUCCAUCUCCAGGCAGUGAGUCAACAGAGAACUUUGACCGAGGCGAGUGUUGUGACGGAGUGGACAUCGGAUUCAGACUACAUUUAGAGGUUGAAGCUGUCCGGAGCAGUUCCAGUCGCUGGCCCCCCAUCUGCACGUAG